AUGUCUCUCAUCCCGACGACACCCCAUAUCACCCUCGACGACACGCUGGGAGCCGCGUUCAUAGGCCAUUUUGUCUCCACUUUGCUGUAUGGAAUUACGUCCCUCCAAGCGUAUGUGUACUACAGGGAUAACCACAAUGACUCCAAGUCCCUCAAACUCUCGGUGAGCCUUCCCAGGCGCGUGAAAAGGCUCCUCGACACGGUCCAUGUCGCUUUGAUCACCGGAGCCAUGUACUGGUACUGCAUCACCAACUUCACCAACUUGCAGGCUAUCCAAAAGCCGAUAUGGCCGUUCACUACGAUGAUCAUAGUCUCGAACAUCAGCAACUCCAUCGUCCGAGGUUGCUUCGGCGUCCGCCUCUACAGAUUGGGCCACGGGAACUGGUGGCUUCCGGCUAUCAUCUCUGCCUUUUCCCUCUUUAUCCUUCUCGACGCUGCAUACUUCGCUGCGAAACUCUGGAACGCGCAUUCCUAUGCCCACAUCCAAGACUUCUCAUGGGCGCUGUACACGGGCCUAGCCGCAGAGUCCGCCGUCGACCUCAUCGUCGCCAUCUCGCAGUGCGUCUUGCUGCGCAAGUUCGAGACGGGCAUCCGCAGCACGGACUCCGUGAUCCGCGUCCUGAUGACCUACAGCAUCAACACCGGGCUCCUCACCAGCUUCUGCGCGAUCGGCGCAGUGGCGUCCUUCGCGGCCGCCCCGCGCAAGUUCAUCUACUUCGCGUUCUACUUCGCGCUCAGCAAGCUGUACGUCAACUCGCUGCUCGCGACGCUGAACGCGCGCGGGUCGCUGCUCGGCAAGGGGUCCAGGGGAAUGCGGCGCCAGCACUACAAGCAGGGGGCGUUCCGCGCGCCGACGCUCAGCGCGGCCGGCGAGGCGGGCCGACGCGAGGGCGUGAGCGCGAGCGCGCUCGACCCUAGUGGGUAUGGGCCGGGUAUCGAGUUCACGACCGUCAUCUCCGCCGUGCCCUUCGAGACGGACAGCGUCGUCGGGACGACCAAGACCAAGAUCGGCUCUUCGGAGCACUCGGAGUCGUACAGCGUAUAGAACCCCUCUCGCGCGUCCUCGCGUCGGCUGUACGUCGUCCCUCGCAGCAGCUCAGAGCCUUGCUUUCCGCGUCUCGCUUCGUGUCCCGGGUGGGGCGCGCCCACGCCUCGUACCCCUCUCUCCCAUCUCUCCCCCGCGCCGUUGCACAGCCGCGGCAGCGGCAGCAGUGCGCUCUACUAGCGGCCUCCCAGAACGACUGCCCUUCGUCAACCCCCCUUCGAAGAUCUCAACUUCGACCUCGGGCCCGCCGUUCCGACCUUCUCGGGUGCGGCCGUACCGCAUCCGCGGUCGGCGUCCACCAGGCCAUUGCCGCGCGAGGCCAGCGUGCGCGCAGCCCCGUGGUGUGAGUUCUUCC